UCCCUUCCAAAAUUUUACAUGAUCACCAGCGGUUCUUCAAAAUGAAUUUAAAGAACCGAUCGGAACCGAUUCUAUGUAUCUGUGAGAGAAUCGUGCAAUAUCGUGUUUGUUUUUAUAACACUCCACCGUGAUAACACGAUAUCUCAAUGACACUGGAAUAUGCAUUUGAAUUGAUUUGAAUCGAAGUGAAACCAACGUAAUGGCAUGAUAUGACGGAAGAGAUAUUAGCUUAUUAUGUAAUUCAUUUCGCAAUUCCCAAGUUAGUUGGAUUUUUUGUCGGAUUUUGGGACAUUUAAUCAUCAAAUUGCUAAGAAUGACAGUCACUAGGCUCUUAAAUGGAAAGGUGCUUUCGUACCGAUCUGCCCAACUUGUAUACCAGAGACACUAUGCACAAACUGCUUCCAUUCAUAAAGUUCUUGUUGCAAACCGGGGAGAGAUAGCAUGCAGAAUUAUGAGAACAGCAAAGAAAAUGGGAGUACAAACUGUUUCAGUAUAUAGUGAUGCUGACAAAAAUUCUAUGCAUGUUGCAAUGGCAGAUGAAGCUUACAGAAUAGGUCCUGCCGCUUCACAAGAAAGUUAUUUGAGGCAGGACAAAAUAAUCAGUGUGGCUAAGAAAGCUGGUUGUCAGGCCAUCCAUCCUGGCUAUGGAUUCUUAUCUGAAAACACAGAAUUUGCAGAACUGUGUCAGAAAGAGGGAAUUAUCUUUGUCGGGCCACCUGCCAGUGCCAUUCGAGAUAUGGGGAUCAAAAGUACUUCAAAACACAUUAUGUCUGCUGCGGGUGUGCCAGUCAUUCAGGGAUAUCACGGAGAUGAUCAAUCCUCUGAUCGUCUGAAACGAGAAGCGGAACGCAUAGGGUUUCCUCUCAUGAUAAAAGCUGUUCGAGGAGGUGGUGGCAAGGGUAUGAGAAUCGCUAUGACAGCAUCUGAGUUUGAGACACAAUUGGAGAGUGCUCGCCGAGAAGCUCUCAAGGCCUUUGGGGACCAGGCCAUGCUGCUGGAGACUUUCGUGCAGGAACCUAGACAUGUGGAGGUUCAAGUGUUUGGAGACCUUCAUGGCAAUUAUGUACACUUAUUUGAACGAGAUUGUAGUGUGCAACGUCGACACCAGAAGAUCAUUGAAGAGGCUCCUGCUCCUGGAUUGUCAGCUGCUUUGCGGGAGGAACUAGGGCAGGCAGCUGUCAGGGCAGCACAAGCCGUUGGGUAUGUAGGUGCGGGCACUGUAGAAUUUAUUUUGGAUCGGAGAACUCAUGCUUUCCACUUUAUGGAAAUGAACACCCGUCUUCAGGUGGAACACCCAAUCACAGAGAUGGUAACUGGAACAGAUCUUGUGCAGUGGCAACUUCAGGUUGCUGCUGGAGAGCCUUUGCCAUUGUCUCAGUCAGACAUCUGUCUUAAUGGCCAUGCAUUUGAGGCUCGGAUCUAUGCUGAAAACCCAGUCAGAGGUUUCCUUCCAGGGGCUGGACCUCUUCAAUAUUUGAGCACUCCUAGUGCUGCACAAGAUGUGCGCGUUGAAACGGGUGUCCGUCAAGGAGAUGAAGUGUCUGUGCACUAUGAUCCAAUGAUUGCUAAGUUGGUGGUUUGGGGAGACACUCGACAAGCUGCUCUGCUGAAAAUGAAAGCUCGCUUAUCUGAGUAUAAUAUUGUUGGUUUGGACACAAAUGUGGAUUUCCUUAUCCGUCUUUGUGGGAAUCCUGAAUUUGCUGCUGGUAAUGUGCAUACUGGCUUCAUCACAGAGCAUGAAAAAUUGCUUUUGGCUCCUCGUCAGGCUUCUUCAGAGUUAGUUGCACAGGCUGUUGUGGCCAAAAUACUUUCUGAAAAAUUGUUAGCAGAAAGAUCUGCUAAAACAAGUUUUAAUGCAUAUUCAAUUGGUUUUGGCUUUCGGGUCAAUCAUGAAUUGGUGCGACCUCUGACAUUAUUAUAUGAUGGGGAAGAGAUAGCAGUUGAAGUUACAUAUUGCAAAGGAAAUCAGUUCAAAAUGAAGAUUGGUAGCAAAGAGAUCAGUGCAUCAGGAUCUCUUUUCAAGAAAGAAGAUGGAAGUUUUGAACUUCUAUGCUCUGUGGAAGAUCUCGCACUACAGAGUAAAGUGGUGCUGAAAGAUGGAUGUAUUAAUUUGUUCACCAAAGAUGGUAGUUGGCAGUUCAGUGAACCAGAACCUAAGUACUUGAAAGAAUUGCAUGACAUGUCUGGAUCAGAGGGAAUGUCAGGUAAUGGUGCUGUGUCUCCCAUGCCAGGAAUAGUCGAUAAGAUUCUAGUGCAAGAAAAUCAGGAAGUUAAGGCAGGAGACCCUCUUGUUGUGGUUAUUGCCAUGAAAAUGGAGUAUGUGGUGAAAGCUCCCCAUGAUGGAAUUAUCAACAACAUUCUUUGCAACGUGGGGCAAAGCGUGGCCAAAGGAACAACUUUAAUCAAAUUUUUGGAACAGCAGGCUUCUUAGGAAAUUUCAUUUUGAAUAUGGUUCUAAGAAGCAGAAAUUCUCCUGCGUAUAGCUUCUUUUUAACUUAAUCAAAAUAAUUGUCAUAUUGAAUCUCACAUUCCAAUUAAGAUAAGGAUCAUAAGAUUGGAUUUUCCUCAUUUACGAAUUUUUGUUACAAUUUUCUUCACUUCAAGUCUUAUUGCUUUAGAAGGUUGAAAGUAAAGUAUCUACUUAUGAGGGUUUUUUGUAAUGUUACGUGUUUGUAGGUUAGCAGCACUCAUUCUGCUGCAUGUUGCGUGGGUGAUUUAAUGAUUGGUGUGUUUUAGUAGCAGAAUGAAUGGAGAUGAUUUUUCUGAACUGAAAAGUUAGUGAAUUGUUCAGUGCAUUUAUGUUAAGCAGCAGAGAAAAUUGUUAGAGGUUAUUGGAGGGUUUUAAAUGUUCUAUUCCAAACUGUCUACAUUUACAUGUGUAUUGAACAUUUUUGUGAUUCUUUACUUACUCUGCCAUAUCAUCUCAUUCGCAUUUUGAUCACUUUUCAAGCUUAGUUAUCUAUUUCCAGAGCUGUAGUAAUUGUAAUGAUACUUAUGUAUUACACAGGAAUAGAUAUUCAUUAUAAUAAUUUACCUACAACUUAUUUGCCAAAAUUACUUUCUAGUUUAAGUUGAAGAUAUUAGUUUGUUUGAACAUAAUCCUGAGAAAAUGCUCAUAUUUUGUUAGCAUUGUAGGUCUUCUCCCAUCUCUUUAAAAAGUUAAAAAGAUAAAUGUGAAACCACCAAGCAAUGUACUUUAAUUGAUAGUAUUUGAUUUCACUUACCUCAUUUGCUCUUGCUCCUGGAAAAUUACAAGUUCAUUUUAAUAUUUCAUAAAUAUUAAAUGGCAUUUAAGUGUGCAAUUUACAAUAGUUCCUGAAAUUGUUAAAAUGUUAAGUUGUUUUAGAAGGUAUGUUCUGUUAUGUUUUAUAUUUGACUGUGCCAUUUACAUUUGUUAUAUAGUGUGAAUCAUUUAUCACACAAUCUUUCCAGUCUUGGCAACCAUGCUACAUGCUCCAAUGGCAAAAAGAAUCAGGAAAAUAUUUCAUUGGGUUGCUGAGGGACAGCACAGAUAAUGGCUAAUGCUUUAAACAUCAACUAACAUCUUGCUAGUUAGUCUAAAGAGAUUCAGAAGCAUAUUGUACACUUUCAUUCAUAACUUGUUUCCCAAGAUGUAAGAACAUACCUCUUUUGUAAUUGAUAUACAUGAAGAUAUUUAUCCUCUAACAUUUUUAAAUCAGUCAUUUUCAUUUGAUAGCUGAGAAGCUUUUUAUUUUGAGGCUUCCAAUAAAUGAGUAGGGCAGCUUCUACCAUUUAUGCAUGUGGCUAGAUAUGCCUGUUUUGUCUGGGUUGCAAGAUAAAUGGUUCACUCUGUAUAACCACUUAUUUAGGAAUACUUAGUGAUAAAGGUUCAACAUUUUAUUUUGAUAAGAAAUUUCGUAAAUGUUUUGUAUACAAAAACAAAAGAUAAUAAAACAAAGUAUGAUGUUUGUA